AUGAGUGACUGGUGGACUGAUUUCGCCGACAACCUUGCUACAGACCUUGCUCCCCUUGUUGCUCUCUUUGGAGAAGCCCCUACCAAGCAAUACCUCAGCGAGUGUUUAUAUCCAACGGACAUUGUCAUAUUCGCGACGGCGCCGCUUGGUAUCAUUACCACGAUUGUAUCCGCAAUCCGUGUCUAUGGCACCCCGUCCCUCAGAGCUUUCAUUGGACGUGCACAGGAAGGAGUUGGCACGGCCGAAGCCGAACUAUGCUCAUCCACCAGCCGUGAUGUCUGCGAAUUGUACAACAAUGGAGGCUUCACUCGUGUUUUUGGCCGCCCCAAGCUCCUAGAAAUAGUCCACGACGAAGAAGCUACGGAGAGUGACUUUUAUCACAAAAGCACAGAGACACCGCCAAGCGCCGGAAUCUAUUCAUUCGAAGAGUAUCUCAAGACGUCCCGAAAUGAGUGGCGAGAGUUGAAAAAGUCUUUCGAGGACGAGGAGCGUCUUUCUUCUCUAUUCAACAGCGGAGACGCUGGGUCGUCGGAUUCUAGCACAUCUCCUUCGAAAUUCGCUCCAAAUCCGAAUCUAUCUCUAAAUGUUGGAUUAAAGCAACGAAAACGACAUUGGUACAUUGCAGCAUCUGUAUUUGGAAUUAUUCUGCAGUCCGGUGUUCUUGUAUGGGCCGCCAUUGCGAGAUACUACUACAAAUUCUUGAGGGACGACUUGCAAGACGUCUACGCUGUCCCAAUGACCUUCCUCGGAACUAUCCUGUUAUGUACUGGAAUAGCGCUUUGUGCCUGCUUAGUUGAAAAAGUCACUAAGGAGCGGGUGUUUGAAAGGGAGUUUCCUAGUGCAUCUCGAAUAUAUUGGGUUCAGCCUGGUACUCAAUUUGUAGGCGAUCAGGCCUUCGACUCGUUCGCAUAUACUCAUCGCAAAGGUAAACUUUCCAAGUACAUAACGUCUUGGAAAGAGAAGAGAAAGGAGCCCCAGACGGCCCUGGUAUGGGCUGCUAUUAGCACCACCCGCUAUGGCCGGUUUGGAUGGGCAAUGUCUAUGGCGAGAUAUCACCGCCAAGGGAAGCUCUCCAAAGAAAGCCGCAAGCUCUUUGACGAGAACUGGGUACCGCAAACCUCAUCCUCUGUUUACCAACUGGAAAAAACGCCAAUGAUCGGCAAAAAUGCUACGUUUGAGAUCAUGCUAGUUGCUGUUCGAAGUAUCACACGAUCCUUAGCAAGGGCUAUCGAAGACACCGCCAAAAUUCUCUUUACUACUGAUGUUGUCUUUGAGCAUGGAUGGAAUGAAGCUUUUACUCUCCUCUGGGCCGUCCAAUGCUCACCUGACAACGCAAGACCGGAUAUAGAUUUCAAAAUCGAAAGCUCACCAUGGAGUAGUGUUAUUGGGACAAGAGAGAAUGACGGAAACAUCUAUCUCUCACUCAGACGGAAGAUUGACUUAGAUGGCAACGCUGAGGGCAAAUGGCGAGCUGACGAAUAUGAACUAGAAGCAGUCCUUGGUAUAUGGCUUUGGUCUCUCAAGGAGGCUGGCAUAAAUGGACCCCUGCAAGCACCGCUCAGACGCAUUAUUUCUGCCAAAUCAAAUCCGCGAAAUAAUGCCAACGUAAUCUUGGAUUUUGAACUCUGGCGUGCAGGUGGAGGCUUUAACAUCAUUGAGACAAGACAGCCAGCUCUCAAUUCCAAUGAUUUCCGCCUAUUUGGCUGGCAGAACGUUUCUGCCGAUGUACUGGAAGUUGACGAUUUCACAAUGUUGGAGGUCCCCGCGCUGACCAAAUCCCUUCCAAUCAUGCCCAGUGGAAGACGCCUUUACAUAAUUCCCGCACUCAGACUCGAGGGAAAACUUCCACUCGGGAUAGAGAUCCUCUCAGCUGCUAGAAAAGCCGCGGAAUCCCAUGUUCGUGAUGAUGAUGAGGGAACAGUGAAAGAAUUAGAAGCGGAAUUGCGUAAUAGUGAGGGCUUCGAUUCCAGCCAACCCGACUCGGUUAGAACCGAUUUGCGGAGUUCGCUCGAGAUAUCCCUAUCUCGCAUUAUUGACUCUGGUGAUCUAAGCUCCACAUUAUACUAUCUAGAACUGAGUCCUAUGAUGACAGAUGCUAAAGAACACAGAUCAGCACUUAUCUCUGCCGUGAGGCAGGGCUGGUAUGUUAUUGUUAAGAACCUCGUUGAGCGUGGGGCCGCCUUUGAAAGAAGGGACAGACUCAACCGCACCGCGAUAUCAUAUUCUGCCAAAAAUGGAGAUUUCAUCACUUUCGACUAUCUUCUAGAGAAAGGGGCUAUUCCAAUUUUCAAGGAUAAUAAAGGCCGCACUCCUCUUUCUUAUGCUGCAGGAUGUGGAAACCUGGCUAUUGCUGGAAAGCUGCUAGCAGAUGCACGGGUCGAUCCGGAUGUUGGAGAUGAGAAUGGAUUGACGCCAUUACAAUGGGCAUCAAUUAAUGGCCACCAAAAGAUGGCUGAGCUGUUGCUGGAAAAGGAAGGAGUCAACGUAAAUUCAAUGGACAACAAAGGACGAACGGCGCUCUCUUACGCAGCAGAACUUGGACACGACGAAGUUGUUCAGCUGCUGCUGGCAACGAAUGAGAUAGAUGUGCACCUGAAGGAUGAAUCCGGAAGAACAGCACUGUCCUGGGCAUCGCUAAGUGGACGGCGGAAGGCGGUUGAAUUACUCCUCGAAAUGGAAGGGUGGGACAUGGACACUGAAGACAAGGGUGGAGACACUCCCCUGUCCCACGCUGUUCGUCAGGGAAGGGAGAUGGUGGUGGAACUAUUCCUUGACAAUGUUUAUGUGAACAGGACCUGGACAGCCGCGAAUGGCAGGAACCUACUGUCUUUUGCAGCAGGCAAUGGACAUGAGGCAAUUGUUAAACUGCUCUUGGCUACGACAUUGGAUGUCAACGUAAAGGACAAUGAUGGGCUGCUGACACCGCUAAACUGGGCGAUAAAUGAAGGCCAUGGACGGGUGGCUGAGCUUCUGCGUACAGAAGAGGACCGGUGGUUGGCUUUGAUGGACGCCUCUUGCUUCACUGUGUAUACUGCUCAGAUGAACCAAGUUUUGAUAGUGUUUGUAGCAAUACAAUGUACUGUACAAGACAAGGACGUGGGUAGACAUAUCACGACCAUCUUGAGGAAAGGAAUCGGGAAAACCACUGUUAGUCAGUGA